AUGAGCCUCCUCCGGGCCGGGGUCGACAUGCUCCGCAGCUGCCCCGCGGUCAGUCUGAAAAAAAAGAGUCCCGCGCAGCCCCCCCACCCCCCGGCGCGGCGGCCGAAUCACUGUGAAUCGCCGCCGCCGCCGCCGCCGCCGCCGCCGCCGAGACUGACAAACAACCCUGCAAUGACGUCUCCCUCCGCCGCCUCCGGAUCCCUCCGCCCUCCGCCGCUACCACAGUGUGAGUGCUGGGGGAGGAGGGGGCGGGACAGGGCAGCGCGCCUUCCCCGAGCCCUUCAGCGGGGCGCGGUUCCGCCUGGGCUUCCUGAAGUAAUCGACAAAUUUGUGUUCUCUGUGUUCAGACUAGAGGUUGUGGAUUCAGAGACCACGAAACAGAAACACUAUCCUAUCUCCCUCCCCGUCACUAGUUUAGGCUCGGCGGGGUGGAGAAAGAGGGACGCAUCCGGGCCAGAGAUUUCAGGGAAAGGAGGUGGGAUGAUGUAUAGAGACAACAUUACCCAAGAGGUCAUGGCAGAAUCAACAGCUUGUUUUGUUUUCUUUAAACCGGGACCAAAAAUAAUUCCCCUCUGGUUGGUUCAGUGGCUUAUCAACUCUGGUACUUGGGGCAAGAAGAGUGAGAGGAUCGCACGAUCUUCUAAUGCAGCCUUGAAUACUGAGGCCCACACAACAAUCUCCUGAAAUGGUUCCUUGAAGCUACCAGAUAGUCUUUCUGCUUUGCAGUGGGGUUUCUAGUAUUGGAAAUUCUGGGCAGACAUUAAAGGAUGGUGUAUUAUGCA